UAACGGCCGCAUGGCAACAGGAUCAGAGCCUGGGGGUUGUCUGCUUCCAGCCCCGCUCCCAUUUCACACCGCCUCUCCUCGCUAGAUGGUGUGCGAGCCACUGGAGAGACACACUCGGCGCUCGGCUGCCUGGACGGCGGACAUCAGCUCGCUUUCCCCCUCCCGAGUAUUGAGUUGGGAUAUAAAAGGCGGCGUGUGACGUGUGACGUGUGACGGACACCAGCAUGGCCGCGUGUGUGUGUGCUCGGCGGCUAACUGCCACCCUGCUCAGCCUGUGCUGCCUCCUGCCAGCCGGACAACUUGUGGACUAUUCCUCGGUGGAAAGUGUGGUCAGCAGGCAGGGCGACACGGCGCUACUCAGGUGCUACCUGCUGGAUGGCAUCUCCAAAGGGGCGUGGCUUAACCGCUCCAGCAUCAUCUUCGCGGGUAAUGACAAGUGGUCGGUGGACCCCCGCGUGUCCAUCGUGUCCAGCGUGGGAGACCAGCACGAGUACAGCCUGCAGAUCCAGAAGGUCCACGUGACCGACGACGGCCAGUACACCUGCUCCAUCCAGAGCGAGCGCAACCCCCGCCCCAAGCUGCUCAACCUCAUCGUCAAAGUUCCUCCCAAGAUAUACGACAUCUCCUCCGACAUCACCGUCAACGAGGGCAGCAACGUGUCGCUCAUCUGCACCGCCAGCGGGAAACCCGAGCCCGCCAUUUCCUGGAGACACAUCACCCCAUCAGCCAGGAAGUACGACAGCGGUGAAUAUCUGAACAUCUCCGGCAUCAGCAGAGACCAGGCCGGAGACUACGAGUGCAGCGCCUUAAAUGACAUCGCCUCUCCUGACACCAAGACGGUCAAAGUCACCGUCAGCUUCGCUCCGUCCAUCCAGGAGAUGAAAAGUACAGGUGUAGUCCUGGGCCGCACGGCACUCCUCAGGUGUGAAGCGGCCGCUGUUCCUUCGCCGACCUUCGAUUGGUUCAAGGGCGAGAAAAGGAUCCUGAAGGGUCAGGGCAUGGACAUCAAGAGCCUGAGUUCCAGGUCCGUCCUGACGGUGAGCAACAUGACGGAGGAUCGUUACGGGAACUACACCUGUAUCGCCACCAACAAACUGGGGACCGCCAACGCCAGUGUGCCUCUCAUCCCCCUUAGUGAGCCCAGCAGUGGCGAGUGGCGGCCAGCGCCCAACACCGCCCCCUACGGGAGCACAGGAAGUGCACACGCCCCGCUGGCCUGUCGAUACCUGGUCCUGGCUCUCACCUUGAUGGGCGUGUACUAGCGGGGCUCACCAGGGCAAAGAGACUGUCCAGGGUUUUUGGCCCCGAGACCGGAAUCCAAUCGGGCGCAGUUUGGCGAAAUGCGAAGAGGAAGAAAAUAAUCAGUACUUUUUUUUUUCUCUCUCUCUUUUUGUCAUGGUGAAUUUCAUGUAAAUAAUAUUUGUUUUUAUUUUCUGAUUGAUGGAUGAAUGGGCACCGCCCCCUCCUCCCUCACGUCCAAUCGUAUCGCACGCUCAGCUUCUCUCGCGUGACGUUCACAUCCGUUUAUCUCCGCGACGAGAAGGAAGGGAGUGUGCCCUCCAUUAUUAGCCAUUAGCAUAACAAUCUUUUCUUCAAGUGGGAGGAAGAAAGAGGAAAACACUUCUUUGGUUCCUUAUCAACUUCUCUCUUUUACAAAAGACGUGAUUUGUUGUCUUCAAAAUAUCCACUCAAACUUUUUGUUUCGGUUUGCGUCUUCGUCAUUUAGCGCAGGGGUGUCCAAGCUGCUGCCAUAUUAGCAUGUACUUAUAUGACCCGGUCCAAACAACCUUCCCUAGUCAUGGUUUUUAAAUAAAAACACAUGGUAACACAUAACACAACCUGCUCAUGUAACUUUGUGGAUAUUAUAAACAAAUGUCCAAGCACAGCACAUAAUUCAACAUUACACUCAUGUAACUCCCCUUAUAUGACCCGAGCCAAACAACCUUCCCUAGUCACGGCGUUUAAAAAAAGUGCCAAAAAACACAAAAAGUCAACACAAUUGGUCACACAUAACAACCUGCUCACUGAACUUUGUGGAUAUUAUAAAAAAAUGUCCGAGCACAGCACAUAAUUCAACAAUGCACUCUUUUAAAUCCAUUUAUAUGACCCGAUGCAAACAACCUUCCCUAGUCAUGGCGUUAAAAACAAAAGUGUAAAAAAACACAAAAGGUCAACACAAAUGAUCACACAUGACACAACCUGCUCACUGAACUUUGUGGAUAUAUAUAUAUAUUUUAAAUGUCCAAUCACAACACAUAAUUUAACAUUGCACUUAUUUAAAUACACUUAUAUGACCCGGUCCAAACAACCUUCCCUAGUCAUGGCGUAAAAAAUCAAUGCAAAAGUGUAAAAAACACAAAAUGUCAACACAAAUGCUCACAUAUAACACAACCUGCCCACUGAACUUCGUGGAUAUUAUAAAUAAAAAAAAAUAUCCAAUCAUAUCAGAUAAUUCAACAUUGCACUUAUUUAAAUCCACUUAUAUGACCCGGUCCACACAACCUUCCCUAGUCAUGGUGUAAAAAAAUCAUUACAAAAGUGCAAAAAACACAACAAGUCAACACAAAUGCUCACACAUAACACAACCUGCUCACUGAACUUUGUGGAUAUUAUAAAAAAUAAUAUCCAAUCACAUCAGAUAAUUCAACAUUGCACUCAUUUAAAUCCACUUAUAUUACCCGGUCCAAACAACCUUCCCUAGUCAUGGCAUUAAAAAAAAGUGCAAAAAAACACAAAAAGUCAACAUCCAUGCUCACACAAAACACAACCUGCUCAUACAAUUUUGAAGAAAAAAAAUGUCCAAGCACAACACAUAAUUCAACAGUACACUCAUUUCACUCCACUGCAAUGCAUGAUGGGAAAAAUACAGUCUGUUGAUAUUUCUGAUUGAUAACAAAACUUUGAGGAGGUCGGACGAUGAAAUUAAUCUUUCACAUACUCUCAAUAUUCAAUUAUAUGAAUUAUUUAUCCAUUAUCUUAACAUAUUAAUAUAUAUAUAUAUAUAUAUAUAUAUAUAUAUAUAUAUAUAUAUAUAUAUAUAUAUAUAUAUACACACACACAAUGCGGCCCUGAAGUCAAUAAGUUUGGACACCCCUGAUUUAGUGAUUGUUAGCAUGAGAAGAUUUGACAAACCCCCUGAUUGGUUGUUACAACUCACCUGAAAGGUGCUGAACUCCUAUUUCUUUGACCAACGCUCGCAUGCUACAACUCAUCUUAGAGUCCUGAUGCGUUCAAGUCGGCUGGGAAGUUUGAGGCCACAACAACAACAACAACAACAUGUUGUGUUUGUAGCAUUUCACCCCGAGCUUUUCUUCCGGGCACUCACGCAAACACCGGACCGUGACAAAGACUUGUUUUCUUUUUCUUUCAAUCAGUAGACGAGCAGCUUGGAAAUUUGAAGUAAAUUAGCAAAAAAACUAAUAUUUUUGUGGACAACAAAUAUUUUCCCCGUGCAAACGUUAAGACUGGGAGUCCUUUCCAAAGGGGGCGGGGCCACGUUUUUUUUUCUUUCUAAAAAGUCUCCUCCCAGAUUUGUGGCCUUUUUUUGGGGCAAAAUUACAUGAAAAAAAGUUCGGAAGACUCGUCAAACAUAGCAAGAAAGUGGCUAAGUUGGCAACGCUAAUCCCUCCUGCUCAGUCUUCUUACUCUCUGGCGGACCACAAACUUGACUCCUCCCCCCUUCUUCUAGAAACAAACACUCUUGUCCGGUCAACGUACGAUGAAAUAUCUUUAACGCCCGACAUGCUAACUCCUCAACACCAUGUAGCAACACAAACCUUCCCCGUUUUUGUUUCCCCGACUCCAGCCAAUCAAAACGUGCGAUUGUGGAACAUCUCCAUUUCCGUGUCCGAUGCCUUAAUGGGGAGGUCCGUUUGACCUAAGGUGAAACGUGGAAAGCGCCGACCUUCCGGUGAGACGCUCCAAGCACAAACACUGUUAGCACUUCGCCCGAGCGCUAACUUAAUUUUCAGCUCACUCGGCGAGAUCAAGAAGGAGAACUUUUUGGGAAGUUUUGUUGAAAAGCUGCACCCAUAUAGCAGUAUUACUAGAGAGCAGAUACCUGUGUGUGUGUGUGUGUGUGUGUGUGUGUGUGUGUGUGUGUGUGUGCGUGUGUGUGUGUGUGUGUGUGUGGGGAUCUAGAAGCUUCUAUCUUCAGAGGGCGUGUGCGUGGUUGCUGUUGUCCCAGCGGCCGCGCAGGAAGGCUGCAUGUCCGAGUUCACAAGUCAUUUGUUCCCUUUUUUUAAUGGCGAUCUGCCGCCUAUCAAAUUGUUGUCAUUUGCUUGCUGCGUUGUAUACCGCUUGUCCCUCUCGGGGUGCCGUUGAGUCGUCGGGCAAGGGCGAGUGAGGAUUAUGGGGCGUUCGAUCCGAUUCCCGGUUCAGAAUCCAUUCUCAAUGUGAAGUGAAUUAUAUUUAUAUAGCGCUUUUCUCUAGUGACUCAAAGCGCUUUACAUAGUGAAACCCGAUAUCUAAGUGACAUUUAAAGCAGUGUGGGUGGCACUGGGAGCAGGUGGGUAAAGUGUCUUGCCCAAGGACACAGCGGCAGUGACUAGGAUGGCGGAAGCGGGAAUCGAACCUGCAACCCUCAAGUUGCUGGCACGGCCACUCUACCAACCGAGCAAUGCCGCCCCAAUUCUCAAUUCAGAUUGAUUCUUGCAAUGUAAUAAUUCCCUUUUUCACAUCAGGUUACAAGUUAGAACAUUUCCUUCAGGUUGCAUAAAUAUGGCUUAAAAACUUAUUUUUAAAAUGAAUUUUUACCGUUUUUAUUUUUUUCCAAGUUAUGAGUCGAUUUAGAAUCAGGACAAAUAAGAUUUGUGACUCAGAUGUGAAUCGCUUUUUUUGUGCACCUCUAAUAAGUGUGUAGAUCUUUAAGUACCUAACGAGUAGAUCCGACUCCUGAGCUGAUGAUUCCAUUCAGAAUCGAGUCUCGAUUCUAACUGAUUCGUGCAAUGUAAUAUUUGGUUUAAUAAUUCACUUUUUCACAUCAGGUUACAAAUUAGAAAAUUUCCUUCUGGUUGCAUGAAUGGCCAAAAAAAAGUAAUUUUUAACAUUCAUUGUGUCUUAUUUUUUUUGUUAAAUCCAUAUUUCUGUUAAAAAUGAUGAAUCGCUUUAGAAUGGGACUAAUAAGAAUGGUGAUUCGGAUGUGAAUCCCUUUUUUUUUUGCCUCCCAAAUAAGGCUGUGAGUCUUUGGGUUCCUAACGAGUAGAUCCAACUCCUGAGCUAUGAUUCGAUUUAGAAUCGAUUCUCCAUUCAAACUGAUUCCCCAUUCAGACUGAUUCUUGCCAUGUAGUGUUUGAUAUAUUAAUUCACUUUUGCACAUCAGGUUGCACGUUAGAACAUUUCUUCAGGUUGCAUAAAGAUGGCAUAAAAACUUAUAUUCAAAAUACAUUUUUAUUGGUUUGUUUCUUUUCUAAGUUAAGAGUCUAUUUAGAAUCAGGACAAAUAAGAAUUGUGACUCGGAUGUGAAUCGAUUCUUUUGUGCACCUCUAAUAAGUGUGUGAAUCUUUAAGUACCAAACGAGUAGAUCCGACUCCUGAGCUGAUGAUUCGAUUUAGAAUCGAUUCUCCAUUCAAACUGAUUCUCAAUUCAGACCGAUUCUUGCCAUGUAAUAUUUGGUAUAAUAAUUCUAAUGACACUUUUUUCAAAACAGGUUGCAAGUUAGAACAUUUCCUUCUGGUUGCAUAAAUGG